CAGUGAGGGAGGGGUGGGAGCAGUUGUGAGCCACCGCUCAGCAAACAAGUUGCGGGUUGAAAACUUUUAGGUGUGUCUGGUUUGGAACACAGAGUUCCUGAUGUGUGAGGACGGUGUGCAGGCAGACAGGAUCAUGGUCAGCACCGAGAGCCAUCAGAGUCAGGACCUGAUCGUCCCUCAGUCCAGUCUGGACCACAACCAGCCAGACAGUCCCGCCUUUCCUGAAGAUCUGUCUCCGGGCUUCGACCCAGAAAAGAUGAGCCAGGGUCCUGUGAACGCCAUCACGGUCCUGACUUUACUGGACAAGCUGGUCAACAUGCUGGACGCCGUGCAGGAGAACCAGCACAAGAUGGAGGUGCAUCAAGAAGCAAUGGAGGGUGUGGUCAGAGGGAUCCAGGCUGAUAUGACCAAACUGUCAAAGAGCCACAGUCAUACGUCCAACACCGUCAGCAAACUCCUGGACAAAAGCCGCAAGCUAUCUGUCACCAUGAAGGAGGUGCGAGAAAGAAUGGAGCAUCAGGGAGCCCAGGUGAAGAAGCUGGAGGCGAACCACGCCCACUUGAUCAGCAGAAACAACUUCAGAGUCCUCAUCUUCCAGGAGGAGAACGAGAUCCCAGCCACUGUGUUUGUCAAGGACCCGCCUCCGUUUCCUCGGGAUGAAAUUUUGGAAGAAGUUGAUGAGUCAACAGCAGGUACCGUGCAUGGCCAGGAGGGCGGGCUGCACACCAUCGACCUGUCAUCUGAUGAGGAUGUGGGAUUGGAGGCGGAGCCUGAAGACGAGGGGCUUCAUGAUCUGGACAACAUGGAGAAGUCGAGAGCUGAGAAGCUGAAACGCUCAAGUCUGAAGAAAGUGGACAGCCUGAAGAAGGCCUUCUCCAAGCAGAACAUUGAGAAGAAGAUGACAAAGAUCGGGACAAAGAUCGUGUCUGCAGAGCAGCGAGAGAAGAUCAAACAGAAGACAGCAGUCCUGAAGGUUUCACCUUUGACCUUCAGCAUCAAGAAGCCACGCAGUGGUUCUGACUCACAGCCCGCUGAGGGUCUCGGCCCAACCGGGACCUUGGCCGCCACUGAGGACGAGGUCCAUCUGUCUCCACUGGGCAAGGAGGACCAGGAGCUCCCAGUCACCGAGGAGCACGCUCAGCCAGCGCUGCUGGAGCAGGAGGAGGAGAAGGAGGAAGGUGGGGAGAUGUCAGGAGUGUCUGAAGGAGUCGAGCUGGAGUACGCUCUGUCAGCCACGCUGCCUCAGGAAGAGAGAGGAGCAGAGGAGGAGAAGAGAGGAGCAGAGGAGGACCAAGAGUUUGCUUAAUGUUCACACAGAAGUGUCCUGAUCCAGAAACAGGAUCAGAUCCGGCUUAAUGUAUUCCUGCUUAGUUACCUCCAGCAACGAAGGUGAAGGAGGUUAUGUUUUUGCUCCUGUUUGUUUUGUUUGUUUAUAUGUUUGUUUGUUUGUGAACACCCUUAAACCCACAAUUUUUCAUA